AUAUAGAUCUAUGUCAAUAAGCAUUUUAUAAUAUUUAUUAUUUAACAUUUCUAAGAUGGCUUCAAUCACACGUCCUCAUCCUAAAUUUAUUUUCCUGUCUCGUCAUUUAUCUUCACGACUGAUUGCUGUAAUUAGUGGGUGUAUCUUUUUUAUUAUCCUACACUAUCUACUGAAGUGGGAAGAAGGAGAUAUGAACGCUUUUAUUCGCCUUGAUAUCUCUAUCCCUGAAAAUUUCUCACCUGUUCAAAUAACCAAAAGAGAAACUUUACCAACAGGAGGAAUUCCAAAGAUACCAAAAAUUAUUCAUCAGACCUGGAAGAAUGAAGAUGUUCCACCAGAGUUUGUAACCUGGAUAAAGUCUUGGUCAGAUCAUCAUCCAGACUGGGAAUAUUGGCUAUGGACAGAUCAAAGUGCUAGGAAAUUAAUUUCUGACAAGUACCCUCAUUUGUUAGAUAUUUAUGAUGGGUAUUUAGAGCCUAUUAGAAGAGCGGAUGCCUUACGCUACAUUAUACUUCAUGAGUAUGGUGGAUUGUAUAUAGAUAUGGACAUGGAAGCACUCAGUUCUAUACUUCCUUUAGCUUUGAAGUACUCUUGCUUUAUAGGACAAGAACCAUUUGAACAUCCUAUUAUUGAUACUAACUUUGAUAAGCUCCUUAUAAAUGCAUUAAUUGGAUGUCGCAAAGGGCAUCCAUUUAUGAAAAAGCUAAUAGAUAACCUCCCUGCAUAUUCCAUAUUGUGGCACUAUUUAGACAGCACAGGACCUCACUUUGUAACCUUGUUAUACAGACAAUAUGUUAAUGAGCCUUCUAAUUUGGAAGCUGAAAAUGCAGUGUAUGUCACACCAUCUGAAUACUUUUACCCUGAAAUUGAUCCAGCAAAACUUAAAUAUAUGUUUACUAAGUGCAGUGAGGUGAAAAAACUUACAAAAUUGCAAGUCAGAGCUUGUCAAAACUUAAAAUUCAAAAGCUUACCACACAAUCAAUUUGAUCCACGUACUAUUGCAUUUGCUAAUCAUCAUUGGUAUCACACAUAUCUGAAAACUAUGUCUACAUCCCUUGCUGGACACACAUCAAUAUUCAAAAUUAUUCCUGUUGCAAAGAUUUACUGAUUUUUGUUUCCAAUUUUUUAAACUUCUUGCCAUAUGUAAAUAAAUUUUUAAUAAUCUAGUUUUUCUAAUACUCACAUCUGAUUGGAGUUUUCAUAUUUUGGUAUGAUUUGAUGUUGUUGAAUUAUUUUUUUUAAAAGUGAGUGUUAUUUAAAAUCUUGAUUUAUAUAUUUUUUUGUCUAUGUGAUACAUAUGGACUGACUUUGUGUUUUUAUUCUGGUGUACAAUUCUGUGAUAAUUUUUAAAAGGGUUUUUUUUUUUAAUUUCCUUCAGUUUCCUAAGUUUAGAUCAUUUUAAAGUCAUAGAGAAAUAUUAUGUGCUUUGCCUAACAGUAGAAGAAAGCUUGAUUAUAUUUAUUAGCUACUGCAUUUUGAUUAUAUAAUUUUGUUAACAUAAGCAAGUUAUUAAAUUUUUAAGAACUUUAAAAUUUGUUAAGCUCACUAAAUGGACUUGUCUGGUUGAAGGUUGUUUUUGUUGCCGCUUUUUUUACAACAGAUCUGAUUCAGAAACUACUUUUGUGUAAUAGUUAUCUAGAGAUGAGCUGCAUUUAUUACUAGCUAAGUAUAUUAUGAAAUCAUGUGACUAUAAAAUCCUAUGUAAAGUAUACUUUUUUAAUUCUGUUCCUAAUGUUAACAAAUUCAAUAGCAAUAAAAAAGAGUAGUAUUUUUUCUGUAGAGUGGGUGCUUGGGACCAUCAAUGUGUCUGUGGCAGUCUGGUGCUGUAUCGGUCAUAAAAUCAUAAAAAAAAUGUAUAUAAAAUUUUGUGUGAAUCUUUACUCACAGAGAAGAUAUCUAAUUAUGUGCUAUUUUUGGCUUUGAACUUAAAAGGUGGACAAACAACUUCAUCUCUGACUUUAUGUGUAGCUCAAAAGGAUGCUGUAUGAAAACAGAGGUUAUACUUUCUUAUAAUACUUGUAUUUGUCGACACAAAAAUUCUCUGAUGUUGUGGUUUCUUCUCGUCUGUGGUGGUGGUAUUCUAAAGGGUGACAAUUUUUAUUUUGCUGUUUGAACAGCAGAGCUUGGGGUUUUCAUUUUUUUUUUAAGUGGGAUACUUGUUAUAACUAUAUUUCCUAUUGAAUUUUAAAUAUUGUUUUAUUGAGCUAUGUAGGGUCUUGAUUUAGUGGGGAAGACUCAAUAAAAUGCAUUAGGUACUAUGAUGCUUUUUCUAAAAACAUCUUAAGACUCCCAAUCUUGUUGUUGUGAAGGUGCUUUUUUUAGUACUAGCUUGAUUUAUUUUCCAUUUGACCACAAUUUGAAUUGCUUCAUCUUUAGUGGGAUAGUGGACUGAUACAUCUGGUAAUUGGCCUCUUGUUCUUUCUGUUUAGUAACUAUUUUUCCAUGCCUUUGUUUACCUAAUGUCUAAUGUGGUUUUAGUUUCAUUAACCAAACUGUACUUGUUUCUGUAUUGUUUCAAAUGCUUACUUGCAGUUUAUAAACAGUUGCAGUCAUGAGAUCAAAUUUUUGUUUUUGUAAAAGUUUGGAUUGGAUAUUUAUAUCAUCUAGAACCUUAAAUAGAAGAACUAAUUUAAACGUUUCAACUUGUUCUGCAGCCUCAGUGCUUCUUUCCAUUAAUCUUUCUUGUAACUUUUUAUAAUGUUAUGAAACUCUUUCCUUAUAUUCAAAUAAUUAUGUUUAAUUAAAGUACUAAAAGAGUAGUAUCGUCCAGCCUUACGUGUGGGAUUCAUGGUAAUCUUUGACUUGCAUUUAAAUUUGAAAUAAGGUUCUUCCUUUUCAUUUUGUGCCAAAAAUACAAUUAAAUGUAUUCUGAAGUUGUAAAACAAUGAAAAAUUCUUGACAACGUAAUUUAUUCCAAGGUUCAAGUUGUGUACAAUUGUGUUUCCGCUUUUCACAAACAAAAUAACAGGAUUGAAUAUAAUGUUGGCUUUUUAUGAGAUCUACAUUGCAUUUUGAGUUGAAUCAAAAGGUUUAUGUAGGAUUAUACAGUUCAGUGCACCAUCAGAUCCAGAUUUCAAAUUGAAUAUUGGAAAGUGUUUCAGUAAGUCUUCUUUAUGCACAAAACAAAUAAUUUUAUUUCCUGUUUGUUACCAUCACCAAAGUUUCUCUUUGCCAUCAAAUUUGAAAAGAUAGUUUCUUCCUCAACACUAUCCAUAUAACCUUUUCAUCACUGUAUAAAAGUGUAUUUGCGUACAAGGUGCAUCAUUCUGAUUGGUAUAUAUAAUUUAUGGAGGAAGUGAAAAUCUUAACGGGACCACUAGAUGGGCUAAAGAGCCCAUUUAUAUUUUCAUAAUAUUAUUGUUUUUAUAUUUUAGUGUUAAUUUAGUUCUUUCAAUGCAACAUGUUGGUAUGUUGUUUGUUUUGGUUACAGCCGUACAAAAUUAUACAUGAAAAAGAAUAAAGCAUAAUACCAAUUCAGUUUUUGUUAACAGGAAAUGGUUAUUUUAAAAGUAUUAAAAGCACAUUGAACUAAUGAAAUUGUAUGAUUUUAACAUAUGUAUGUGGUACACUUUUGCUAACUAGUGAAUGUAGGUGGAUGUUUCCUGUCUGACUUGCUAGGGCACCCCCCACAAUGCUUUUGUUUAGGUGCUGCCAUUGUGGCCUUAACAUUGUAAGUUAAUGCAUAAUCUCUGUCCAGUGUUUGGUCCAUUGUGAUCUAGUUGCCUGGACAAUGCUUACAACUAUCUUCUGUGUUCAGCGUGGGGCAGAACAAAACCUCUAGCAAUAUCAAGUUGGAAGAAUCUGUGAUUGUCAUUUUACAAAGUCCUGUUCAACAGGAAUUUCAACUCCUAAAUUAUGUUAGCUGCCUUUGUUAAAAAAAAAACAUUACUAUAGGCCACCUUUUUGUUUGCCUUUUUGUAGAUACAGUAUAUUCCAUAAAGUCCAUAUUACGGGUCAUUGUUAGGUCGGGUUGGAAUAGCCUAGAAGUCAGGGGUAGUGCGCCUGUGAGUUGAAUUUAACUCCAUGUGUUAUUGUAUUGUUACCGCAAGUUCGAAUGUAUGUAUAAAAGCGGUGUGAACUAUUGUGAGGGGUAUUUUUGUGUUAGACAGCCUGUAGUAUGUUAAGUUGACUGGUGGAAAAACCUAAACUAAAUACAAGGACUAAAAAUGCGCAGCAUUUGUUGAAUGAAAGCGAGGUGUAUCAGUCCAUACAAUUAACUCCUCUUUUAAUGGAAUUGUAAACACCUUUUUGUGGACAUAACAUGGGCCAUUAAGCUCAUACAAUUAACUUCACCUUUGAUGGAGUUGUAAAACCAUACAGUCAGUGUCGUUCCAUUACUUUUUGUCAUCAUGUUUGCUUCAAUAUACAUGCUAGUUGUUUAAUUACAUUUUUUAGCCAGAUUUGUAGCUUACCAUUGUUACUUCCAUUCUAAAGAUAAAUUUUGGCUCUACUUUACUUUUAGUAUAGCUUUCUUGCAACCUUAUUUCUUCUCAAGGUUCUUAUCAAACUCAUCCUUUUUAAUGCAAAAUGUUACAGAAGUCUAUGUUGUUAAAAAAUGGUGAAGUUCCGCCCUGUGCCAAAGAAAAGUUCAUAAAGCUUAAAAGCUGUGUUGUGCCCCAGAUAAAAUUGGGGAGUGAAUCCAAUUUUACCCAAACAUGUUUUAGCUGUCAGAGGAUAAAUGGUUUCUCCACCCACAUGUUAAGCCCAUAAACACAAGUUGUACUAGAGAAUACAAUUUUCUUAUUUAUUAUUGAUCAUAAUUUUAAUAAUCAAGAUCAAAAACUUAACCAAACUGACAAAACUGACUUAACAAUCAAACAAAUAUGUAUAAAAAAUGUAUAACAUUGACAAGUAAUCUAGAACUGUGAACUGACCAAACUUUAGGUAUUGGCCAUAACAUAAAUAAAAACAAAUUCAGAAAUUGUAAUGACUAAAGAAAACAGCUGCUUUCUUUAACUUCCUCAUGAGCAAGUUUUGUGCAACAUGUCUCACUCUUUCUUUUCCAAUGUAGUUAAAAGUUAUAUUUUUUGCACCCUUUGUGUUAUUCAACUGUCCCCUGUUGCCAAUGUUUUCCAUAGCACAACUGUUUUGAGUUCAGUUUCCUCAUCUGAAAUCACAUUCCUUGAGUUGUCAGCAUUCCUUAUUAGUACUACUAAUACCCAUCUUUAUUCUGAAAAGAAAUCUGUUUUUAUUUUUUUAAAUUGCAGAUAUAAAGCCCAGCCCACUGAGUCUCAAUUAGUUUACACCUGAUCAGAUGAGUCUUAAUAAAAUCAUGUACUUACAAUCUUAUUAAGAUCAAACAUUUUGUUGUAUGGCAUAAACUGUAUUAUAUUAUCUAUCUACAUCAGUUAUUACACCAAUUUUUCUAAUUAUUACUUUUUGAAACUACUGAUUAAUACUUAUUUUAAUUUGGUGUCAGCCCAAACCUAUUAAAUGGUGUGAAUGGCAAAAAAAAAUAAUGUAUUUUAAUGAACUUGUUAAACCACUAUGUGUUGGUUAAGUCUCACACUUGUGUUGGCUUCAACCCCUCCUUGUUGCACUACUGGUGUUAGCAUGAAACAAUUUAGCCCACCUGCAAUAGAAAAAUCAAUAAAGUACUGUGUUUAAUGAAUCAAUACCGUAACAGUACUGUUUUAUUUGAUUGUAGGCCCUUGAAUUUUUUUUCUAAAGCUGUAAUUUUAAAUACGCUUCUUUGAAAAAACUAACUUUUGUGUUUACCUUAACUCUCUUAUUAUCUUUGUUUAAAAUAAUAACCCUAUAACCAAAUAAAAUGUUUAAGGAAUUCAAUUAAGCAUGUCUGUGUUGUGUUAAAAGCUUAAGGUAAAAUUGUUAGUCAUUAUUGCUAAAUAAUAUAUUGGGAUAAAUUAAAUGGUUACUCUCAAACUCAUGUAUUGAAACAUUUAUUUUAUUUUUAAA